AUGUCUGAUCUUGGAAGAAAGAACUUUGCCGACAAGGCCUCUGAAGCCAUCAAGCCUGACUCUGAGAAAUCAUACCUUGAGCAGGCUAAGGAAAGUGCCACCGGCGCCUACGACAAGAUUGCCAGAGACGUUGUUCCUGAUAGUCAAAAGUCUUUCGGCCAGUCUAUUGGUGACUCUGUUUCUAAAGGCAAGGACGAGGCCUCCGAGAGUGGCAAGUCCUAUACUGAGACUGCAAGCGAGUACUUGGAACAGGGUAAGGAAGCUGUUGCUAAAACUGCUGAAUACAUCUCUUCUUCUUUGACUGGUGCUAAGGAAGGUGCUAAGGAUGGUGUUGACGCCGCCAAGAAGUAA